AUGAAUACUGGCGAAGAUGAUAAUCAAUCAACACCGACUAUGACUGAGGCUCCUAAUCAGUCAAGUGUUGAUAUCAGUAGCCCUUUGUAUGUUCAUCCAUCUGCUAACCCUGGAGCAGCUUUGGUUCCUGUUCCAUUUGAUGGCUUUGGAUAUCGAUCGUGGAGAAGAGGUGUGAUGCGAGCAUUAUCUGUGAAGAAUAAGCUGGGAUUUAUCAACGGAGAAUACAAGAAACCAGAUCCAAAUUCAUCAAAAUUCCGCCUUGGGAAAGACAGUGUUGAAUAUGUAGCAGAUGCAUUUGAAUUGUGGAGAGAACUUGAGGAUCGGUAUGACCAAACAAAUGGAACAAAGUUGUACCAAAUCCAGAAAGAAAUCAAUGAUCUAUCUCAAGGAGCCCUUGAUGUCACCAGCUAUUACACAAAAAUGAAAAAGUUAUGGGAGGAACUCAGUACCUUGAUUGCCAAAUCUCAUUGCACUUGCAAUUACUCAUGUGGAGCUAAGGAGAUCAUGCAUAAGGCUGAGCAUGAUAGGAGGCUGAUACAAUUCCUUAUGGGAUUGAACGAGACAUACACUGUAGUUCGAGGUAGCAUAUUGAUGAUGAAUCCUCUUCCUUCAAUUGCCCAAGCAUUUUCCUUAUUGAUCAAAGAGGAAAGGCAGAGAGAAAACAAACCAAGUGGCCACUUAACUUUGGAGUCAUCAGCUUUGAAUACUAGCACAAUCAUACCUGGGACAUUCAGAACAAACUACUCUCCCAGCAACAAUCAUAACAACAGGACUAGGCCCUUCUGUGAUUAUUGUAAGAGACCAGCAACCACUAACACUCAUUCUGCUGAGACUGAGAAGUGUGCUAGUCAUGACAGUGCUCAGAAUGUAAGUCUUACCCAAGAGGAGUAUAGCCAGUUAGUGAACCUGCUACAACAGUUUCAAUCAGGAGGAGGAGGAGACUGCACAAUUGGAACCAACAUUACAUCAGGAACAUCAAACUUUGUAGGUAUGAUAGUUUGUACUUCCUCAAUUGACUUUGGUAAAUUGUCAAGUGAAUAUUUCAAGAACAGAGUUGAUUCAUGGAUUAUAGAUUCAGGGGCAUCAAACAACAUGACCUUUAACAGAUCCUUACUAACCAACAUAAUAAGCUUGCCCUGUCCCCUAUUAGUUAUACUUCCAAAUGGCUACAAGGUAAAGGUGACAGAAAUUGGUAGUGUGACUCUCACUUCUAAGAUCACUCUAGAUAAAGUGAUGUUUGUUCCUACUUUUAGAUACAAUUUGAUCUCAGUUCAUUCUUUGGCCUCUCACCUCAAUUGUCUUGUUUCUUUUGUCAAACAUAGCUGCAUACUGCAGGCCCCUUCAAUGAAGAGGCCUCUGGUGAUUGGUAGAGUGAAAGAUGGGGUGUACAUCCUGUGCCCAAGCUGUUUGAAGAAGAACAAUACAAGCCCUGCAGUAAAGGACACUCAAACACUGCCUACCAUUUCUACUUGUUGCACUUGUAACACACAUCGUCAUUCUCAUUCUGCUGUAAAUAUACCAUUUCUUACCAAUAAGUGUGUAGCUUCUCCAAUUGUAAAUAAUUCAUGUGCAACAAUUGAAAAACAAGCUUCUUUUGCAAGUCCAUCUUCUGAAUUCCCUAGCAUAUUAUCUCAUUCUUGUGCUAAAAGUAAUGUAAAUGUGUUGUGGCAUAAUGGACUUGGACAUGUCUCCUUUGUCAAAAAUGAAGAACAUUACCGCUAUACCUGCCAACUUUUGCCCCAAGCAACCCUUCAACUGUACCAUUUGCCCAAUGGCCAGACAAGAAAGACUACCAUUCCUCAGAAAACCAGCACAACCAACAGAAUCUUUGAACUUUUACAUGUUGAUCUGUCCACCUGGACUCACCUCUUAUCCAGCAAAAGUAAUGCCCCUGAGAUACUCAAGAAUUUUAUGAACCUAGUAGAAAACCAGUUUGGUGUAACUGUCAAGUCCAUAAGGUCAGAUAAUGGACUAGAAUUCACCAGUAAAGAAGCAACUAUGUUGUUUCAAUCUAAAGGGGUCAUUCAUCAGAGAACCUGUCCCUAUACACCACAACAGAAUGGUGUGGUGGAGAGAAAGCACAAAUACCUUCUUGAAACAGCUAGAUCCCUUCUCUUCCAAUCCAAGCUACCUCUAAGAUAUUGGGGUGAGUGUAUCCUUUGUGCCACUUAUAUAAUAAACAGACUACCCUCCAGUUCUAUCAAUAAUCAAACCCCAUAUGAACUACUAUACAGAAGAAAGCCAAAGUACUCUCACCUAAAGAGUUUUGGUUGCCUAUAUUACCCUACUGUACCAAUACCACAUAGGGAUAAAUUCAAUCCCAGAACAACACCUCAUGUAUUUGUUGGAUAUCCUUUCAACACAAAGGGGUACAAGGUUCUAAGUGUAGCCACUAGGAAAAUCCACAUCUCCAGAGAUGUGGUGUUUAAUGAAUCUGUUUUUCCUUUUGGAGUUAAUAUGAACAAAUCUUCUCAAUCAUCUGCCCCCUAUCCAAUUCCCUUCAUUGAAUCUCUAAGUGAACAACCUUCGGACAAUACAAAUGUCAUACAGACUCCUGAAAACUUAAGUGAUCAAGGGAGUGCAGACAACAUAUCUGAUCCUAUGUCACCUAUACAUGUAGCUAAUCCAUCACCUUCUGGAACACCUAUCUCUUCAGCACCUAAUGUAUCAUCACAACACCACACUGAACAGACUCAUGAAGAACAAGCUCAAUCAACAAGGCAGUCACAAAGAACACACAAACUUCCUAUCUACCUACAGGACUAUACUCUUGUGAGAAAUGUUUAUCAUGACAGGGAGCCAUAUGAGGAGGCAACCAUUGAUCCUGCAUGGCAAGCUGCUAUGACAGAGGAGUUUGAUGCAUUAUACUCCAACCUCACUUGGGAUUUAGUAACGCUGCCACCUGGAAAGCAAGCAAUUGGUUGUAAAUGGGUGUACAAUGUGAAGCACAAAGCAGAUGGUAGCAUUGAGAGGUUCAAAUCCAGAUUGGUUGUCAAAGGCUAUACUCAGCAGGCAGGAAUAGAUUAUACAGAAACCUUCUCACCAGUUGUAAAUAUGACAACAGUUAGGGCCUUAAUAGCUACAUCAGUUAAGAAGGGAUGGUCCAUCUCACAAUUAGAUGUGAAUAACGCUUUCGUCCAUGGGGACCUCAAUGAAGAGGUGUAUAUGCAAGUACCACCUGGAUUAGUUGUAGAAAAAUCGGGUUUAGUUUGCAAACUGAACAGAUCUCUCUAUGGUCUGAAACAAGCAAGUAGACAAUGGUAUGCAAAACUGACUGAGGCACUGUACUCAAGGGGCUACACACAUUCCAUGUAUGACUACUCAUUCUUCUACAAAAGGAAUGGAGAUUCAUCAGUAUAUGUUGCAGUGUAUGUGGAUGAUGUGUUAUUGACUGGGACUGAUCAGCAAAAGAUUGCAUAG